AUUUCCUCCGCGCCGGGCGGAAAGCCUUCAUCUCAAAAAGCUUUCCCGGGUUAUAUCCUCCUCUACUAAACUUCGGAGCCACCCUUCGACUUGUCAUUAUGGGGCGUACGCGCACAAAAACAAAGAAGGGAACUGUGUUGUCCACCAAAGUCUCAGCUGUCGAGGAAAGCCAGAGCGAACCGUCUGUUGGCGCUCUGCUCGAGAAGGCACAGUCUCUAGUCGUGGAAUGCGACUAUGAUCUCGCAGGACGCUUUGCAAGACGGAUAUUAGAACGAGAACCAAAUAGCGUGGAGGGGAAGGAAUUGCUGGGUGUGAUCCAGCUGGAGACGGGAGAUUUGGAUGCAGCGAAAAUGACUUUCGAAUCGUUGCUGCCUCCGCGGGCAGGCGCUCCGCUCACACCACCACCAUCUGCGCAUCUGUACUUGGCCCAGUUGUGCGACGAUCCACACUCAGCACUGGAACAUUACCAGGCUGCGGUGGACAUCCUGAAUAGCCAGCUGAAGGGGAAGGAGCGCGCUACAGAUCCCCUCGUCACGGCUGAUGACGAGAAGGAGCUCAGGCAGAGUAUUGUCCGAGCUCUAAUUGGCAUGGUGGAGAUAUGGAUGGAUCCGUCUUAUGAUCUAUGCUUCGAUCCUGCAGCUGAGAAAAAUUGCGAGGACCUCCUCAAUUUGGCAUUGCAAACCGAUCCGAGCAAUACUGAAGCGCUGCAGAGCUUGGCAUCUGUGCGACUUUCGCAACAAAGACCGGACGAUGCAAAAGCAUGCUUGGAGCAAGCAUGGACCCAGUGGAAGGACUUGGAACCAGACGAUGUCAGUCUGCCACCAAUCUCCUCCCGCCUUUCGCUCGUAAGGUUAUUUUUGGAACUAUCUCUCUUUGAGCCGGCUCUUCUCGUGUUGCAAGGUGUCAUGGCCGUUGAUGAUCAGGAAGUCGAGGCAUGGUAUCUGCAAGGCUGGUGUUUCUUCCUCAUGGCGGAGCAAGCCCAAGAAAGUGGAGGCAAACUUGAUGAACUCGCCUGGGAAGAACUCGCGAGGGAUUCGCGUGACUGCCUGGAGACUUGCCAAUUGUCGCAUGUGAACCAGGACCACCCGGACAAACCACUCUUGGAGCAUGUGCACGAGCUCAUCGGCAAAUUGGAGGCGUUGGGCAUACAACCGUCGCCAGAGGACGGGGAUGAUGAGGAUGCGAAUGGCUGGGAGGAUGUCGAGGGAAGUGAAGAUAGUGACGAGGACGUGGAGAUGUCAUGACGCUCGUGACGAAUUGCAUUGCCGUUAUCCCUGGUUACAUUGUGUUUUGGUAUCUUUUCUUCAUCUGUCUGUACCGAUCUGUGCUCGUACGUUGCGGAGAAAAGUAAAUUACAAGCUAAGGUGGCAUCGAUUCCUAUGUGUAUUUCUCUGGAUCAUAGACUUGUAUUAGGUG